AUGAAGGAUCCUCGAGAGAAUUUGUAUGAUGUAUUCGUUAACAUUAGAGAUGAUGAAGCAGAACAUUGUAAGACAAUGAAGGCAUGUCAAACUCCUGGGAACCUUCGGUCUCCUCACUCAUAUCCAGACGAUGCCUUUGAAGAUGAUUCAGGCGGUAUCCUGCCUCAGGCCGAUUGUGAAGGUAUUGUAGAUGGUGUAAAGAAAUCUGUUGCACAUCCUCAGGCAAAUGACGAGUGA